AUGGCUGAAAAAGAAGCAAAUGAAGAGAGUCGACUAAUGGAUAGUGGUUUAUCAAGUAUUGGUGAUUUAAGAAGUAUGAUAAGCAUGGACGAGGCAUGGGAUACAACUGGUUAUCCUAGUAGUAGUUACAGCCUGAGAAACAGUACGAUCGAGUUAAUGAGCAGUGGUACCACAAUGAACUUUUCGAUAUUGAUGUCUGAUAUUGCCGAUGUACCUGAUAAUCAACCACCAUCGCCAAUACCUGAGAGACAUUCGCCCAGUAUAAAAUCGAGUCAUACGUAUACUGGUCCAUUCGUAUUAAUGAAAGAAUAUGAAGAAGACACUAACAUGUCAUAUUGUACGAUGAAUGAUUACUCAGCAACUACUGUGGAAAACAUGUUCGUUCCGUAUGAAAUGAUAACACAUGAUGAAGAAGAAGCAUCGAAGAGUGAGUCAAGUAAAACAGAAGAAGAGAAAGAAGAACGAGAAGAAAAUUGCCCUUCUUCUGAUAAUUUUAUCAAUAGACCAUCAAAUACAAUGGAUUAUAGCAUAUGUUGCUUGUCGUCAGCACCCAAUGUAGCUGACUGUGGUCCCAGUGCUAAUGUUGAUACUUAUAGUCAACUUAGUAAUAGAGCACUUGAUCCUUCGUAUGAAAUCGAUGAUAAUAGAGACAGCGUGAACAAAAUUUUAUUUGAAGUUGGUCUCAGUCCUAUAAAAUCUCAAACACGCAAAUCUCUUAAACAGCAAAGCAAAGGUGGCGUUCGUCGUAUUUUAUCUAAACUCCAGCGUGGUAUUCAACUAUUUCAAGAUAAAUUAGCUGAAACUUUAGUACCUGGAGAAGGCGAUGAGCUGUUACGAAUGGCGAAACUCAAUCAACAGUCGUUUCAAGAUGAUUAUAAUCAGCAAACACAUAAUAAUGAAAUUAUUGAAAACAUAAAGAAAAUCUAUAAUCAAUACAAAAUAGAAAAAAGACCUUUUAUCGAGCAAGUUCGACUAUUAACUUUAUUGCCAAGUUCAUGGACAUACGAUCAAAUCAAGUUGAAUUUUAAUUGUUCACAACAUGCCAUCAGAUUAGCACAUGCAAUGAUGAAUGACGAGAAGCAUUAUCUUAUGAACGAGGAGAGUCGUAUAACUCGACAACGUGCUGAUCCAGGGAGAGUGAGACAUUUUAUAUCAUGGUUAAUUGACAGUCAAUUACUAGUGUCAGAUAGUAUAAAUCCAUCAUCUCAACGUGCUGUAUCAGGUCUUGAUGAGUUUGUCACUGAAGGUGUUGCUGCAUGGGAUACUAUUUCUAGUAUUCAUAAUCAAGACUUAAGACGAGAGGUCGCAUACGAUUUUGAAAACAGUGUUCAGCACAUUCAUGAAUGGUUUCGACAUAAUGUAAGAGCUGCUCAGCAGAAUCACGAAAAAGUAAAGAUUAUUUCUGAUAUGCGCUUCAAUGAAGUUUUUGCUACAUUUGAUUGGGCUCAGAAAGUGUUACCUCAGGAACAUCGAGAAGGUCAAAGCAGCUAUUUUGGCAAAUCAGGAAUGUCACUGUUAAUAGGAUCGUUUUUAUGGAAAGAAAAAAGUAUCGCAUCGUCCAAUUGUGAGGUUUCCAAUGACAACCUUGGUACUUCAAACAAUGCGAUCUUCCACACACAAUCAUAUAUUCUUGCUCUUACAACUGCUGCACAAAGUGAAUUAGACACAUUAAGUGCGAGCGAAAUUAUAUUAAGACAAUUUAUGGAAGAUAAUCCGUUUAUGGAUGCAAUAUACAAGCGAACUGACAAUGCUAGCAAUUUUAGUUCAAAUUCAACUCCUGAGGCUGAAAAGCUCAUAUGCGAUCGACUUGGAAUUCGUUUGAUAAAACGCGACUAUAGUGAAGUUCAAAAAGGUAGAGAUAUUUGUGAUCGAAUUUCUGGAGUUGCAAAAAGUCGUAUGCGAUCGUGGAUCAAUUCUGGUAAUGAUUUGUGCAAUGCGAUGGAUAUAAAAGAAGGGAUGGAAUAUGCAGGAGGAGUAAAGAACACACGCAUCGGUGUAGCAGAAAUUAUUCCUGAUAUUGGUAAAAUUGACAAGACAAGUAUACAAAAUGUUUCAUCAAUACGAUCGAUUGAGUAUUACCCAAAUCAUAUGCGAAUAUUUAAAGCAUCUGGAAUUGGACAAGGCAUUUUGAUACCUUAUAAACAGCUGGAGUUCGAGUCGAAUAUGAGACUUAUAUGCCCAUUCACAAGUGCUAUUGACAGUGAACAAGUCAGUGCUGUACCUAAGAAGUAA